AUCCCGACACAGGAUGCGGGUUAUAGAGCAGGGGGUAGCGUGAACAACCUAACCAUUCGAGUUCACAUCAUGAGGUGCCUUCGCGUCCGCUGAAAAUACAUAGUCAUUGGCAUAGCAGGGACCGUUGGAAACAGUUCUACUCGGUUUUGGGGUUCUCUCGGUCGAAGUCAUGGACCUCUCCCUCCCCUUUGUGCCUGACCUUCAGCAUUACCGCGACCUCAAUCCAAGUUUUUCCCUACUCGAACAUUGCACGGACGAGCUUCCGGCUCAUGACCCUAGUAUGAUGAGGUUUAAGGAUGCUUCUCGGCUAGAUGUCCUUGCGUUGAGACGACUCGAAUCUCUUAAAGUUGAAGCGUUGUGUAAGACCCAGGGGAAAGUCACUAUAUCGACCCUUCUUCACACUCGCCGUUUCGCAGCAUACACGCCUCUCCCAAGGUGUUGUCCCAAAAAUUUGAUCCCCUUGAACCAAUCAGUGAGCCUGCGAAAAUGGCAAACGUGUUGUCCAUUUUAUCCCUAUCGAUGUUGGAACAUUAUCGGUAGUAAGUCCCCACUCAACAAACAUUCCUGGCUACUCGCUUCACAGUCUCACAUUGCUGCUUUGGUACUCUGGUGUAAACCCAUUGGCGACCAUACACCAACCUAAUUGCCUGAUUUCACUCGAAAACAGCCGAUGCGCAGGAUCAUCGAUUCUUGAAAAACUCUUUUUCGAAUCCCGUGAUGGAAGGUGGAUAGAUCUCGUCGAAUUGGUUGAGGCGUGGGUUUAGAUCUAGCGAAGGCACAUUCGUUAGUAUUGCUGAAUGAGGGUGCAGAUGAGAGGACAAGAAGCGGAUAAUCGGGGAAUA